AUGAAAUUUUGGGGCCAACCCACAGUCGUCGGCGCGAGCGAGACGGAAGAUCGAACGGACGAGGAACAAACGAGAGUGAAAGAGAGGGGUGAAACGGGGCCAGCUAACGGUAGAUACGGAAGUGUGCAUAAGGUCGCUUCUCGUCUGAGAGGCGAGGAGUUUUCGAUUUUCACUACGAACGCCGAUUCCUCCUUAGACUUCAACCUACCUCAAGGCUGGGAGAUGUUCAGAUAA